AAUGGAUAGAUCAAGUCUGAUAUGGAAACUUAUUUUUCAACUCGACAUUCUACUGAACGGCAAUCAAUCCACAAAUGGAAACCACGAGAAACAUCCUUAUUACAGUAUAAAAAAUCUGCAGUUCUGCAAUGGUAAUAAGUAAAAUAUAUAUAACUCAUUUCGAUAAAAUAUGAUGACCAUUCAUCAGACUUAUUAAUUGUCAACGUAAUAUUUAACUGACAGAUAAAUCCAAUAGCUUUCUGAAAAAUGAACAAAAAUCCUGAUUAGAUUCUCUAGAUAUGAGCAACAAGUACUAUGUUAUAUUCUUUGAACUAUUUCGUGGUAAUUUGAAAUCUGAUAGAGUUGUUUUAUGAAGACUGGCCAGUAUUGUUUGAAAAUUUCUUAGUGACAUGCAUCCCUAGUAUGACUUUUGAAUAUAUGUGUGGAAUCUUCAUCCAUUUCUAACUAUCUCGUACUAGUAAUGUUCUUCAAGUAGAAAAUUUCUGUGUCCAAGAAUUCAACCGGUUAACCGGUUAAACCCUCAGCUAAUUAGCCUAGCCAAUUUGAGUUAAGCGGUUAAGCCUUUGGCUGCUUAGCCAAGCUAAUGAAGUUAACUGGUUAAAUUAGCUAAGCUGACGAGCUAGCCAGCUAAUUAACCUGGUUAACUUUUUUAAACGGUUAAGCCGGUUUAGAUGUACAGCCCUAGUUAUAUAUAGUCGUAUCUGGCCGUGUAUAGAAUUACUGGAAAAUUGCGCAAACAAGGAUCCACUUGAUCUGCAAAUAGGUACUUUCCAGAUCAUCUUACAUCCAUGCAAAACUAUUAGAUGAAGGUUAUAAACAGUAGAAUUCUUCAGAGAUAUAUUAACAUCCAUUAAUGUUAUAGACUACUGACUAUGAGUAACAAUUGCUGUUUUUAACUACACUGUAAAAAAUCACCGGGGUAAGUCCAAGCGGUGUAGGUGUUAAAAUUAUCGGUGUUAAAUUCACCUCCGAAAGCGGUGUGAAAAUAACGCCGCCACCGGUGUAAAUAUUCUAGACCGGUGUUAAAAUAAUGCCGCCACCGGUGUAAAUAUUCUAGACCGGUGUUAAAAUAACGCCACCGCCGGUGUAGAUUUUCUUUAUCGGUGUUAAAAUAUUUUAUUUUGUGAACAUUUUUACUUACUCGAUCACUAUGCCUCCCCCUUUAAAGAUUAUAUUUUUGUGUUUUAUAAUCUUUAAAGUUAAUACUCCAAGCGGACGCAAUUGACCCCGCUUUUACACCAACAUUACUCCGCUUUUACACCCGUUACCCCGCUUUUACACCGGUAUUACUCCGCUUUCACUCCGGUUACCCCGCUUUUACACCGGUAUUACUCCGCUUUUACUCCGGUUACCCCGCUUUAACACCGGUAUUUUUAACACCGGUGUAUUACUCCUCCUACACCGGUGUAAUUUCAUUUUUACACCGGGCGGAGUUAAAACGAAUCCAUUUUUAACACCGCUCUUUUUACAGCGUACCAUUCAACAAUGAAUCAUUAUUGCUAACACGAAAAACCCCAAACAGACGGAAGUGAUAAGAGUUUAAAUCUGAAUAAUAGUCCGAGUCUGUGCCGUCCUAACAAAAAGUUCUCUAGCCAAUGGGAGGCAAGUCUUUUAUCAGUUGACAGUUGGAUUGGCUUAGCAGUACCGGAAACUAUCAGAGAAUUGAAACAGUGUCAUCUGAAGUUACUCAGUCCAGUGGAAGUCGUUAACCAAAGCGAACAUGUUGUUUACAGUGAUUUUGUUUGUGUUAAUUCCAACGAUGGCUUUUUCGAUUUAAGAUGUUUUAAGAAGCCUGUCCAAAAAUCAGCUCGAUAAAAAAUUUUCAAGAGGUCGCUCACGAAUUUUGAAAAUAUCGUAAAUGAUCGAAAUUCGGAUUUUUUGUUUCUGAAUUUUUUCUUCCUCGUGGCAGCAAUAUUUUAUAUCUAUAAAAUGAUGACUAUGCUGAAAAUUUCAGCCCAAUAUUUAAAUAUUUAAGCAGCGCUCAAAAAUUUUGAAUACUAACUGAUAAUAGGUAACUAAUACUUUGAAUGAGUUUUUAUAUUGUUUUAUAACUCAAUUACUAUCAUUUUACUUGAAUAUAACUUUUGAAUAACCGAAAAUAUACAGAACAGUCUUAAACAAUAAAAUUGAGUAAGUUUUGAAUAAGCAAAAAAACUUAUAAAUUGAAUUGAAAAAUAGAAAAGUAUGUAAAUACCUUAUGACUUUUAUUUCUCGGGUUGUAUUUUUAUUCAUUAUGAUACAAAUUGAUAGUAAAAAAUUGAGAAGGUUUAUUAUUAAUAUUCAAGGGUCACUCGAAAACGGCCAAUAGCAACUAAAAACCCAAAUAAUUACUAAAAAUAUUAUUUUCAGAACCAAUACAAAAAAAAACAAUUAGAGCCCGAGUAAAAUUACUAGAGAUAAUUUUGAACAGUAUUAAAUUACCUACAAAAUGCCGCAAACGAAGAUCCAAUAACCUAAAAUGGGGCUGAGUUCUAGAGAAUAGAAAAAAAAAUCCCAACGUUCCUAUGUAUGUUAAACGGGAAAACUUAAAAAUCAAAUCUAUUGUACUGUCCGAGAUAUGUUUCGCGGUACAACAUUAACGGGUUAAUAGUUUAUAUGAUGGAAACUUAAUACAAGAAGAUAGAGAUUUAUUGCAUAAGAACAAGCUCAAAAUUACAAUUAUUUAUAAGCCAUGCUUAAAAUAGCUGAUAGAUUCUUAUAUCUGUAUGUAUCAGGCCUAUGUAUAUUCAACUGUAACACUUCUCAUAAGACUCAUUCAUUGUCAUAAAAUUUUCAUGAGAAUUUAUGAAAAUCAAUUGGAUUCUAUGCGAUUUUGCAAACAGGGUACUCAUUUAUCAAAAAUAUGAUGAUGGAAAGCCGUUGUUUAACAGUGCAGUCGAUGAAAAGAAAAUAACAACAAAUUAUCAAAGGAAAUGGCACAAUUAUUUACUUGACCAGCCAAGCUAUCGAUGUUUUGCAGCAAAGAUGAAUUUAUCGCUACGCGUAGAUAAUAAGGUACCAUCAGACUGCAUAAUUAGAAGUAAUUCAUCUUCCAUAGUGUUUAACAAUAAAACCACAAUCGUACCGCCAAAAAAUGGAUUUACUUCCACGGCUGAAGAGCUAAAGACAUCGACAGCCUCCACGGCUGACGAUUUAGAACCACUGACAGCAUCGACGGCUGAAGAACUAAAGACAUGGACAGCCUUCACGGCUGAAGAUUUGGAACCGCUGAUAGCCUCUACAGCUGAAGAACUAGAGACAUCUACAGCCUCUACGGCUGAGGACUUGGAACCGCUAACAGGCUCUACGGCUGAAAAACUAAUGACAUCGACAGCCUCUACGGCUGAAGAACUAAGAACAUUGACAACCUCUACGGCUGAAGAUUUGGAACCGCUGACAACCUCUACGGCUGAAGAACUAGAGACGUCGACAGCCUCUACGGCUGAGGACUUGGAACCGCCAACAGCCUCUACGGCUGACGAUUUAGAACCAUUGACAGCAUCGACGGCUGAAGAACUAAUGACAUCGACAGCCUCUACGGCUAAAGAACUAAGAACAUCGACAGCCUCUACGACUGAAGAUUUGGAUCCGCUGACAGCCUCUACGGCUGAAGAACUAAAGACAUGGACAGUCUCUACGGCUGAAGAUUUGGAACCACUGACAACCUCUACGGUUGAAGAACUAGAGACGUCGACAGCCUCUACGGCUGAGGACUUGGAACCGCUAACAGCCUCUACGGCUGAAGAUUUAGAACCACUGACAGCAUCGACGGCUGAAGAACUAAGAACAUCGACAGCCUCUACGGCUGAAGAUUUGGAUCCGCUGACAGCCUCUACGGCUGAAGAACUAAAGACAUGGACAGCCUUCACGGCUGAAGAUUUAGAACCACUGACAGCAUCGACGGCUGAAGAACUAAUGACAUCGAGAGCCUCUACGGUUGAAGAACUAAGAACAUCGACAGCCUCUACGGCUGAAGAUUUAGAACCACUGACAGCAUCGACGGCUGAAAAACUAAUGACAUCGAGAGCCUCUACGGUUGAAGAACUAAGAACAUCGACAGCCUCUACGGCUGAAGAUUUGGAUCCGCUGACAGCCUCUACGGCUGAAGAACUAAAGACAUGGACAGCCUCUACGGCUGAAGAUUUAGAACCACUGACAGCAUCGACGGCUGAAGAACUAAUGACAUCGAGAGCCUCUACGGCUGAAGAACUAAGAACAUUGACAGCCUCUACGGCUGAAGAUUUGGAACCGCUGACAACCUCUACGGCUGAAGAACUAGAGACGUCGACAGCCUCUACGGCUGAGGACUUGGAACCGCCAACAGCCUCUACGGCUGAAAAACUAAUGACAUCGACAGCCUCUACGGCUGAAGAUUUAGAACCACUGACAGCAUCGACGGCUGAAGAACUAAUGACAUCGAGAGCCUCUACGGUUGAAGAACUAAGAACAUCGACAGCCUCUACGGCUGAAGAUUUGGAUCCGCUGACAGCCUCUACGGCUGAAGAACUAAAGACAUGGACAGCCUUCACGGCUGAAGAUUUAGAACCACUGACAGCAUCGACGGCUGAAGAACUAAUGACAUCGAGAGCCUCUACGGUUGAAGAACUAAGAACAUCGACAGCCUCUACGGCUGAAGAUUUGGAUCCGCUGACAGCCUCUACGGCUGAAGAACUAAAGACAUGGACAGCCUCUACGGCUGAAGAUUUGGAACCACUGACAACCUCUACGGUUGAAGAACUAGAGACGUCGACAGCCUCUACGGCUGAGGACUUGGAACCGCUAACAGCCUCUACGGCUGAAGAUUUAGAACCACUGACAGCAUCGACGGCUGAAGAACUAAUGAUAUCGAGAGCCUCUACGGCUGAAGAACUAAGAACAUUGACAGCCUCUACGGCUGAAGAUUUGGAACCACUGACAACCUCUACGGUUGAAAAACUAGAGACGUCGACAGCCUCUACGGCUGAGAACUUGGAACCGCUAACAGCCUCUACGGCUGAAAAACUAAUGACAUCGACAGCCUCUACGGCUGAAGAUUUAGAACCACUGACAGCAUCGACGGCUGAAGAACUAAUGACAUCGAGAGCCUCUACGGUUGAAGAACUAAGAACAUCGACAGCCUCUACGGCUGAAGAUUUGGAUCCGCUGACAGCCUCUACGGCUGAAGAACUAAAGACAUGGACAGCCUUCACGGCUGAAGAUUUAGAACCACUGACAGCAUCGACGGCUGAAGAACUAAUGACAUCGAGAGCCUCUACGGUUGAAGAACUAAGAACAUCGACAGCCUCUACGGCUGAAGAUUUAGAACCACUGACAGCAUCGACGGCUGAAGAACUAAUGACAUCGAGAGCCUCUACGGUUGAAGAACUAAGAACAUCGACAGCCUCUACGGCUGAAGAUUUGGAUCCGCUGACAGCCUCUACGGCUGAAGAACUAAAGACAUGGACAGCCUCUACGGCUGAAGAUUUAGAACCACUGACAGCAUCGACGGCUGAAGAACUAAUGACAUCGAGAGCCUCUACGGCUGAAGAACUAAGAACAUUGACAGCCUCUACGGCUGAAGAUUUGGAACCGCUGACAACCUCUACGGCUGAAGAACUAGAGACGUCGACAGCCUCUACGGCUGAGGACUUGGAACCGCCAACAGCCUCUACGGCUGAUGAUUUAGAACCAUUGACAGCAUCGACGGCUGAAGAACUAAUGACAUCGACAGCCUCUACGGCUGAAGAACUAAGAACAUCGACAGCCUCUACGACUGAAGAUUUGGAUCCGCUGACAACCUCUACGGUUGAAGAACUAAAGACAUGGACAGCCUCCACGGCUGAACAUUUGGAACCACUGACAACCUCUACGGUUGAAGAACUAGAGACGUCGACAGCCUCUACGGCUGAGGACUUGGAACCGCUAACAGCCUCUACGGCUGAAGAUUUAGAACCACUGACAGCAUCGACGGCUGAAGAACUAAUGACAUCGAGAGCCUCUACGGCUGAAGAACUAAGAACAUUGACAGCCUCUACGGCUGAAGAUUUGGAACCGCUGACAACCUCUAUGGCUGAAGAACUAGAGACGUCGACAGCCUCUACGGCUGAGGACUUGGAACCGCCAACAGCCUCUACGGCUGACGAUUUAGAACCAUUGACAGCAUCGACGGCUGAAGAACUAAUGACAUCGAGAGCCUCUACGGCUGAAGAACUAAGAACAUCGACAGCCUCUACGGCUGAGGACUUGGAACCGCCAACAGCCUCUACGGCUGAAGAACUAAGAACAUCGACAGCCUCUACGACUGAAGAUUUGGAUCCGCUGACAGUCUCUACGGCUGAAGAACUAAAGACAUGGACAGCCUCCACGGCUGAAGAUUUGGAACCACUGACAACCUCUACGGUUGAAAAACUAGAGACGUCGACAGCCUCUACGGCUGAGAACUUGGAACCACUAACAGCCUCUACGGCUGAAAAACUAAUGACAUCGACAGCCUCUACGGCUGAAGAUUUAGAACCACUGACAGCAUCGACGGCUGAAGAACUAAUGACAUCGAGAGCCUCUACGGUUGAAGAACUAAGAACAUCGACAGCCUCUACGGCUGAAGAACUCCGAACAUCAACAGCAUUUACGGCUGAAGACCUGAAGCCAUCAACAGCCUUAACGGCUGAUGAACUAGAACUGCUGACAGCCUCUACGAUUGAAGAACCAGAAUCGUUGUCAGCUGUUACGACAAUACCUGAUUCGUCGACAGCCGUCACGACUGGUAAAUCUGAUACGUUAACUACUCCUCACGAUGAGAGAACAACAUUGUUGUCAUUGAAAAUUGACGCAUCUACUGAUAGUAGAACUGUAGGUAAUCAUAUAAUCUUCACAAAAUAUAUUUAUAUAGCAAUCGGUGCAUUUGUACUCCUGGCUGUGAUUCUAGCGCUUGUAUUCGGCUAUUUCCGCCGACGUCAACAUAAUGAAUUUUAUGUAACUGAGUCAGUCAAAUUCUGUAAGCCAUCAGAAGUAUAUCUACAGAUGACAGUUAUUGCUUCUCCUGAGACUUGCCCCGUUUAUUCGGUUUAAGCUUAACACAAUUUUCCCCUCUUCUGUCAACAAAUACUCUAGAUUUAAAGUAUUCUGGGAAAUUAGAUUUAAUUUCAUUUGUGGUGUUGCUCAAUAUUAUUAAGUGUCACAAAUAGUAGUUAACAUUAUUAUGUGAACUCUCAACGUACUUCGUAAGUUAGAUCUCAAGCACUUUGAAAUAGGCUAAGCAUAUUCUGUUUCAUUGUCGAAAAGCGUCAAAUGAGGGUCCACUUGAUCUGUAGAUACGGUAAUAUUCUGAAAGGUUGUUCUCAGUACUUCUGAAUAUAUUUAAGAUUAUUUUUAUUAAUUUAUUACAUGUUUGUCAUAAGCAUAUGAGUUAUGAUCAAUUAAAUUUUUUUUAUAAGAAAAUGAUUUUGGAGAUUCAUUUUUCAUGACCUGUUGAUCCUCAACUUCCAACUUAUCACUACCUCUAUCAACGAAUACUCUAAAUUCAACGCAUUCUGAAUCAAUAAGUUUAAUCUGAUUUGUAGCAUUAAUCAAAAUUGUUACGUAUUACAAAUACACCGAAGUACUUUGGAUGCACUCAGUGAAUUGAGUCUGAAAUACUUUAUAAGACAGACCAAAUACAUGCUCUAUUUUUAACAAAUGUGACACUAUAAAACCCACCUAAUCUGCAGAUAGGUAAUUAUUUUCCAGAUCAUCUUUAAAUACAUAGUCAAAGAUAUUGAAAUUAUAGUCUGCUUACAAUAAAUAACCAUUGCUGUCUUCAUUUACCGUUCAAUAAUGAAUCAUUGUUGAUGACACACAAAAAAACGGAACACAUGGAUUUGAUACAAGGUUAUAUUGACAUCCGAUCAAGCCGGAAAAGAUAUUAUUACUCAUAAUUGGCGGCUGAUAGCACUGAAUGCUUCCGGGCUUAGUAAAAAUAGUUGUAGUGCUCGCACACUUAACAACUAUCAGUUUAGAAGUCACGUAGAUUAAUUUGAAAAAUAGCUACAUUCUACAGAAAUAGACUAUACUAGUAGAUCUUACAGCUCAAAAAUAAGUCUAUAAUUUUGAAAUAAUAUGAUGAUUAUUCCAUUCCGAUUGCCGAAAUACUAAACAAAGUACCUUUUCUUUUGUAUUCGUUGUUUAGUACUAAUGCGCAUCAUUAUAAAACACCCGGUUAAUUGUGUUAGUUGUCUUAUCAUUUAAAUUCUGGUUGAAUAUUCACCAACAUUCACGGCGUGCGUAUAGACUAAUGCUGGGUAGUCACUCUUUAGCGCUUGGUCUUAAAACCCCACUCUCUGGUCAGGUGGGGCUGUUCAGAAUUAAAAUGAGAGCGAAACAAGUUUGGUAGGGGCGUAUCAAGAAUGAGGAAUAAAUUUUUCUAACCUAUGUUUCAAGCAGCUGAGUUUAGCAAUGUAAAGAACACUAACUACGGUACUGUCAAUGAUUUCGCUGUCGACCUGGAGUCAGUGGAAUGGUACACACAGUCACACUACUACUUCUGCGUUUUACUUACACAAGCUUGUGGCGCGAUAUGAUUCGUGUCCCUUCCACUAAUCAUACAACAAAGCGAUUUAAGUUGAUUGACGUUGCAAAUAAUUUAAAGUUGUGAUUUAAUGUGGUCUAGUGAAAUGAUUGAACUUGUAUUGCUUAGUUAUUGAUGUAUUAUUCAAAUAGCUUUUUAAAUGAUUAGUCUCAAUAAAGUUGUAAUGGUUGUUGAUAUUACCGUUAUCAAAAUGUGCAGACCGUAAGCAAUAAUAG